UUUCAAUUGAUUUCAGUCAGCCCGAACUACUCUUUGUUAUUUCCAUAUAAGAGUAAAAAUGAUUACGUAAUCAUCACGCAUGGAAUGCCAAGCCUUACAGCUGUGACAGUUUGUAUGUGGAUAAAGACUAAUGCUACAGGAAGUAAUGAAGCACUUCUCAGCUAUGCUGUGAGUGGAAUGGAUAACGAACUGUUGUUAUUCAGGCCCAUAGAUUUUGGGUUCGGUGUGCAAUCAGUUUGGAGGUACGAGAAUACGGUUUCAUUGGGGAAUAGGAACGAUACACUGCACAUGAUGUGCAGAACCCGUCCUGUACUAUUUGAAUCGUGAAUCAGCAAUAGUAAAUGUUGUCAGAGCUAUUUAAUGAACCAUAUUUGGCUAUCCUAAUGGCGGAGCCCUGAAUGCUAUUUCCUUACACUUAUCAUCCAUAAAAUAAAGCACUAUUGGACAAAGCCGAUGGUUGACUUAAAAACUCUCGGCGUUGUGCGUUUUUCUUUCUCAAAUUAUAUCACGUCUGAACAUUUGUGGUAAUGAGUGAAUAAAGGGAGAGGUGUGAACGUACGAUCAUCAGUUGCCUUUUUUUCAAUCAAAUUUUCUCAAAUUGAUGGGCUGAAUAGACUUUCGAGUGAAAUUUGAGAGUUUUAGAAUCAUGAGAGGUUUAGAAUUAUGAGAGGUUAACAAUAAACCAUCUCAUGAAAAUGGUAUCAAAUGCCUUGCAGACAGAGCUUGAUGAUAUUUUAGCAUUCCACCUCUCUACGUGCAGAAAGAGAUAGAAGAGGGAUGCAGGUUCAAUAAUUAUCGCACCAGAUUCAAAAUCUAUCACACCAAUAAUCUUCAACUACUUUAUCAAUCGUUUAACCUUUUCAAAAUGGAUUAUUAAGGAAAAACUUUGAAUCCUUUCAAUGUUCAUUAUAGUAGUUCCACCAAUGUAUCUGUCAACGAUGGAAAGUGGCAUCACAUCUGCUUCGCAUGGGAGAAUACUGCUGGAUCGUGGAAAUUGUUCAAGGAUGGUUCAUUGGGGGCUAGUGGUAGAGGAUUCGCAAAAGGUAAUUUGUACUCAGAAAAUAUCGAACAUCAAACUAAUUCUCAAAAUAUUGCCGUCAGGCAAGUCGAGUAUUUUCAAAAAAAAUGUGAAAAUUUGCAGAUUAAAGGUUUUGCUUACUACAACUUUAUUUAAAUCGUUUGCUCUUGUAUUACUAAAACACCUUUAAAAAAACUUACACUACUUUUCCACAAAUUGGUUUAAAAGCACGACUAGCGGAGGAAUGGAGACAUUCUUGCUCUUAAUUACAGGCCGAUUGAUCCGCGGAGGUGGACACCUUGUACUUGGACAGGAUCAAGACAAAUUGGGAGGAGACUUUCAAGAAUAUCAAAGUUUCAUUGGUGAAAUGGCAGAUGUCAAUAUCUGGAAUCACGUGAUUUCAGACCAAGAAGUCAGGCGCAUGUCCAAAUCGUGCCUGACAGGGACGGGGAAUUUGUUUCAGUGGGGCGACUUCAAAUAUCACCGAAUGGGCUCGGUGCAGAUAGUUCAGCCUUCUUGCUUAAAUUGAAAUGCGUAAUGCUCUACUGAAGUUGAACUUUUAAUCGUAUUUAGUUAGUUUUAGGAUUGUUUCAUUAAGUUUAAUUUUAAAGUUCAAAACAAUCGUAAAAAUAAUGGCGCUAAGUGUUAAGUACUCUUCUUUUUCAGUGUGAAACUUCUUAAAUGUUAUAGAAAUGUCGUUUCCAUUCUUAAAAUUUCUCCUAUUAUUUUGCAAGUUUGAGUUGCUAAUUUGCCGCGUGAGGAAUUAUCUUUCCGCUCUGGGAAAUAAGUAACCCUGAAAUCCUGUAGGAUGUAUGAAAAUAUUAAUUGAUAUGAAUGGAAAAUACAGCCAGGCCGUUAACUUUAAGGCAGCUUUUCGAAAACAAAAUUUCUAGGCCGAUUAACUCAUUAAAAAAAAAAUGAAUUGAAAGGGUUGAAACUCUAAGGAAGUACCUCUUUUAUAAUUUUUUUAAAAUUUUUUUUCUUCCUUUUUCCCCUUUUUUCUUUUUUUAUUUGUUAUUUUUGCCCUUUAUUAUCCUUUUUUCUUCAAGUUCCAGGCACUCAGUUGGGGGAGACGAACAGGAGAGCGAAAAAUUUUUGCCCGCGAAAAAAAAAAUAGAAUGUGCAAAAAAUGGCAUGCAAAAGAGCAAUCUCUUUCUAUUGCCGUAUCCCUAACAACCAUGGUUAACCGCAACCGACCUGCGCCAAGUUGCUUGCCAUUUUUAGUCCAAACCAAGAGAGAUGUUGUUUUCGAAGAGUCAAUGUGUUUCUUGCUAUCACCAAUGAUGUGUCGUGAGUUUGGCUAUUAGUCGCGGGUCACGGGUCGCGACUCGUAAGAUAAAAUCGGUAACAACCACUGUAAAAGAAAUAUUUUCAAUCACGUUUUUAUUCAUUUUCCUGUUUUUUUUUGUAAACAUCAAUAUAUCUUGGUGUACGUGUCCCCUUUUUUUGUGGUACUAAAUAAAUGCCCGCCCACGGCCUUAAGGGAGCAGGACAUCUUUUUCAUCCUUUCAUCACGUACACAAGUUACUCGAGAAGCGCUGGUACCAGCUUACAUCGGUUGACAUCUCCAUAAUUUUCAAAGUUGAAGACAAUUACAUCGAUCCUAAAAAGCACUAUAUUCAUUUACCUGGGAAACAUUCUCGCCCUUAAUCCUUUCCGGUAAACUAUAACCGCCACUAUUUGUCUCGUCGUUUAGCCUUUCGCAACUAAUUAUGCCCUCCUGAUGAAGUCACUUCUAAUGCGAAUCGAAGACACAGCCUUCAUCACGCGAUGUGAUCAACUGAUUUUAUUAACUUCUCCCUAUGAAGUAUAAACAGUAAAUUUUAAUAUUUUAUGACGAUUUUUGAUGUGUAUUCGAUAAUAAUUAUUAUCACAGUUAUAUCCUGCUAAGCGUUGUCUUCAACUUAAAGUAGAACGCUGAAUAAAAUCUUAGCUGGCUAAAGGUAUUGGGAAAUCAUCUUGAACAUUUUAGUCAGUGUCAUUGUGUCUGCCCAUCUUUCCUCUUUAUUUGAUAUUAAUCGAAACAUGUAAAACGCCUUGGGAUCAAAACCUACUAGUUAGCAGUAAGUCUGGAGUAAAGGAUAUGUCGGUGGACUCAAUCUCAUGAGUACGUUCGAGAUGUUUAGAUGAGGAUAUGUAAACAAUGAUUUCCUUCCCUAGUUGCAUGGCCUCAUUCAAACACUCGAGGCUUUGGAAAAUUCUCACCGCGUCUUGGGCUAGCAUAACUUUCUUGAGUUGUCCCAACUCCCUGCGUGUUUAAAUAAUGCAAUAUAAACUCGGAAAAAUUCCUCUAUUGCUUGAUUUUUAGAUCGUUCGUUGAAGGUAGAAAGAGCUAUGGCUUUUUGUUUUACUUUGCCGCCCUUCUUAGUCUAUUUACUCGCACGUGGCUCAGUUCAAUAUUGCUGGUUCUAGCAGUAUGCGAGACACGCGUCGCAUAUGAACUAUAUAAUGGCCCAGUUCACUAUAAAUUUUCUGUAGCUUAACGGCAGAGCAUCGGAGAAAGAAAUGCGAAAGCUAGUUUUAAAAAAGCAAAGUGCACACUGAAAGCUCAAAUAAUGCAUUUGGAGCUUUUACAACUAAGGAAUUUUUUGAGGUGGGAAUGUCAAAAUAUAUCUUGUUGGCUCAAAAAUGUUGUUCCGUUUUAGGAAAUUGUCCUGGAUGUCACUCCUUUAUUUCUAAGAACGUUUGAAAUUGGAGUCAUUUAUCAUCAAAGAAGAAAAAUUGUAGAAAAAGAUGACAACGUUGGAAAAUAACCUGGCGCUUUCUUGUUCCAAAAAUUCCUUUCUGAUCGAUGAUCGCCGUGGGCUCAUGUAAUCGCUUUAACUAUCCGAACAAGAAUGAAAACCUCAAUGUCAAUAUCCCAGUCUGUUGACACGGAUUUGCUUGAAACCAAUGAAACAAUUGCCAAGACUGCAAAGAUGUAAAUUUGAAUUGCAAAUAUCGGCAUCACAAUUUGUCAGCUACAUCUAUUACGCUGUUGUUCGCUUUAUUCCCAAUUGCUCACAAUGUAAAUUUAGACUUCUAUUCAUCCCUUACUUGACUACUUGCUUGCAAUUCGUAAGGCAAUUUAAUCAAUGUGUUAGCAAAGGUGAAACAGUGAGAGAGAAAGAUAACAACAAUACUGCUCCUACCUUGGCUCGUCUUGUAUUGUCUAAUGCGUCGUCUUGUCGUACAGCUUCUUCAAAGGAAUGCUUAAUUCCGAUACCGACAGAACAAGGCAUUUCAGAAACAGAGUAUACACUUAACAAAUUCCUGCAACUUAUACUUUUUUUUUCUCUUCUUGUAGUGUAUUAAGUAGUGCUACAAAAUUAUGUAAUUGAAGACAACCGUCUCUGUACACAUUGAACACAAUUUUCGUCAAAAAUUAGCAUGUGAAAGUAAACUUCAAACUUCAAACAGGAAAACCCCACUGAAAAAGACAAAAAUAAAAUAAAAAAAGGAGAAGGAAAAAAAGGGAAAGGAAGACGAUAAAUUGAAGUGCAACUGUAUAAAUGAUCUCUAAAUCACUCCUACUUGCUCACUAAAAGUCCAGUUUAUCAACUGAUGGGCCGGUAAUCAACUGUAUCACAAAUAUCAUAUAAAACGUAAAAAGCAAACAUUAUCGUCCUACAGAAAAAUAAACUUGUUUUGUUUACAUUUAUCAACAUACAUCGUACUUAAUAAAAAAUUGCUUUGGUUUCUCUGAUGACUUACUCUUAUUAGCAGACCUCAGCUCUUUCUGUCGCCAUGUUCGCUGCUAAAUCGAUUUUUUUUCAUCUGCUCCUGAUCUUUGUGGCUUCACCUCACAUUUCCUCAUCCACUCGAGUGAAUAAGACUGUCUCAGAUGGCAAAGUUUUCAUCACUGGAGACCAUACUGAAGUUGUUAUGUCCCCCGCCCGAGAAACGAAACUGGAAUUGGCUGAAAUUAAAAACAAACAAAAGUUGUUAAGCGAGGGAAAUGAUGUUCUGACGAGAAAUUUGAAAGCUUUGGACCAAAGAAUCUUGCCCUCUGACGAAAUACCCGGAAAAAUUGAUGCGCUGAACAAAACAAUCGAGAGCAUUGGAAUGAACCUGAGUUAGUGAAAAAGUCGAAUGUAGAUUUGUUCAAGUUGAUUCACGCCAUGAAAUUGAGGCUAACAGGCUUGGAGAAACACGGUAAGAUUAGCUUUAUUUCUUGAUACAGAUCAGAUUACUGAAUGCCUUUACAUUGUAAUGGACUGCUCCUUACAACUUGUAAACAUUACCUUUUAAAAAAUACAGUAAUUGUACGCUUCUCAUUUGCCAAAUUUCCCGAAUUUAAAUUCAAAAGAAGGAGCACUCUUUGAGUUCCUCACGGUCUAGAUUGCAGAAAUGUUUGUUUUCAGAGUUAUUUUUGACCAAACGAAGCUUUUCAUAGGUUAUACUGAACUACGUUAGUUAGUGGAAAUCUAUUAAUCGAAUAUUAACCGCUGGCGUGGCGAGUAACCCAGUAAGUUGUACAGCACUCAUAACUGUAAUUAUUUGUGCAUCGUGAAAAAUUGUUUCACUUCUUUCAGCGGCCUCUUGGGUUGUGAUACUAAGCUUUUCACGCUUGAAAAAAAUUUGUUUGUGGAGUUGCGUGGUAUGCUCAUAAAAAAAAAAACCAACAACGACAACAUUUCUUGGAACGCUGUUAUUGUAAUCGGGGACUGGACCAGGGAAAAAGGUGUAAGGUGACAGUUCUCCUGAAAACGUUAACUGUAAUCUAUAGAACCUUUUGUUAUUGAACUACCCUUGUGACUUGCAUCAAAUCAGUAGUUGCACCAAAAACAAUUAAAUCUAAAGACGAGAGCAGAAAUUUUUUUAAAGAAGUCUCGAAAGCAGCGUUGACAAAUAAAAAACUGAGUAAUUCUACAGUUGCAGGGUACGCUCUGCAAUUUCCACGAAAAGGAAUCAGUGAUUACGUCAUCAUCACUCGUGGUAUGCCAAACCUGUCAGCUGUGACAGUUUGUCUGUGGAUGAAAACCGCUGAUACUAGAAAUGAAGGAACACCCCUGAGCUAUGUUGUGUCUGGAGGACGCGAGGAGCUUCUCCUGUAUAACUAUAGAAAUUUUAGGGUUUUCAUCAACAACCAUCACAGGUUUAAGUAUUUAAUCUGAAGUUUUGUUCUGUUAUUAAUCACAAUAGUUGUUUUGAUUUAAUGUUGCUGUAAGCUUUAAGAUACUAAAAGUACACUUCUCGCGUUUUGCUGCUAAUUUUAGUGGUUCUACUUCUGUAUCCGCCAAUGAUGGAAAGUGGCAUCAUAUCUGCCUCACAUGGGAGAAUACCGCUGGAUCAUGGAAAUUGUUUCGAGAUGGUUCGGUUGCUGCUUCUGGUAAAAGUUUUCAAACAGGUAAAUUCUUCUUUUAGCAAUAGUCCGUAAAAUAGUAUUAAAUGUUUAGUGUGUGUAGCUGCUAAUACAAAGAGGCCGAAAUGACAAAACCGCCAUGCAGGAUUCCGCAAGUUCAAAUAUUGAUUAAAGUCAACGAAGUACGAAGUGAACGUAAACUUAAAAGUAGUUUUAAAUAGAAGGCGUAGAUAGACUUACACUCCAUAAAAACCGUUUCGUUAAACACGGUCAGUUAAAAGGUUGUUUUCUACAUAGAAGCCACCUAAACUAAUGUUUGCUGUUCACUGUUGAAUGUUGUCAAAUACUUGAAACCCAUGAUAAAUUCAGUGUUUCAGUUCUCUUUUCCUGAUUUUCAUUUAGUUAAACCCGGUUUGCAUUUACAUUGUAACGGCCACUGAGAACGAAAGUCUCUGGGAGGAAACUGCGUAAAAUUAUCGCAGAAACUAACCGCAAAUAAUUGCGUUGUUAACUAAACCGCCUUCUGCGGAGAAAAAACGAUUAGUGAAAAAUUCCCUCCUGAAUGCUCUAUAUGUGAUUUGCAAGUAACGUUGAGAAAAACCACCCUAAGAAGCUGAAAAAGGCGAAUGAAGACUAAGGAUACUAGAGAAACCGAGAAAUGCGCAUAACAAGAAAAAUAUUACAGACAAACUCUGACGAGGUAAUGAUCACUGAUGCCAAAAAGAUAAAUAUUUGAAAAACAUGCAAAAACCUUGACAAAAAUGCACGUCACUGUGAUGGUAAAAUUACCUAAUAAGAGAUUAUGAAAUUUAUCACUUAAAUGCUACAGUGUACGUUAUGUUAGUCACUUAAGGAUAAAGUGCAUGGUUCCCAAAAAGUAAUGCGGGGGUUGGAACAAACAGAGCGACAUGACUCACUUAUUCGGUAAAUUAUUGAUUAAGAAAACUAAAAAAGGAAAAAAUGUACUCACUUUCCAGUCUUUUUAUCAUUUCCUCCAGAUAUUUGCUUAAUCAAAGAAAAAGACAAAGUUGAAUCUUUUUUAACUGGUGAAUUUAUCGUUUUCCUUAAUUUCUUGUUUAUCUCCCCACAGGUAACGUGAUUCGUGCAAAUGAAUCCCUGGUACUAGGGCAGGAGCAAGACUCAAAGGGAGGAAAAUUUGAAACCAUUCAAUCUUUCAUCGGUGAAAUGACAGGUGUCAACAUUUGGGAUCACGUCAUAAAAGACCGAGAAAUCGCACGCAUGUCAAAGUCGUGCCUGACGGGGGUGGGCAACGUGUUUCAGUGGCGCGAGUUCAAAGCUCACAUCAAGGGCUCAGUGAAGAUAAUUAAGCCAUCGUGCUGA